AUGAGGGUGGAUCGCUUGCAGUUGUUUGUGAUUUUGCUGCUGAGCGGCUGCUGCUGCUGCUGCGGUGGCUCCGCGGCAUCAUCUGCGUGCAAAUCGUCUGAUGAAAACCCGAGAAACGGUGGGAAAACCCCGCCGACCUCCAAGAAAGUGGUCUGCAGCAACAUGGAGCUCCAUCAGGUGCUGCCCCCGGACUCCUUCCCUAACAGAACAGUGACGCUAAUUUUAAACAACAACAAGAUUCAAGAGCUCAGAAAUGGAUCCUUCUUUGGAUUAUUUGCUUUGGAAAAAUUGGACCUGCGGAGUAACACGAUCAGUCAUAUUGAACCGGGAGCUUUUCUUGGCUUGCCAGCACUAAAACGACUAGACCUGUCCAACAACAGCAUCGGCUGUCUUAACAUGGACAUCUUCAGGGGCUUGUCCAGUCUGAACCGACUAAACCUUUCAGGGAACAUGUUCUCUUCAUUGACUCAAGGGACCUUUGACAACUUGGUGUCUCUGAAGACGCUGGAGUUCCAGACACCUUACCUGCUGUGUGACUGCAACCUUCUCUGGCUGCUACGCUGGAUCAAAGACAGGAACAUCUCUGUGAAAAACACCAAGUGCUCCUACCCACAGUCUCUACACGGUCAGCUAAUUAACUCCAUCAGGCCGGAGCUCCUUACAUGCGAUGCUCCACUCGAGCUGCCCUCCUUCCAGCUGACCCCAUCCCAGCGGCAGGUUGUCUUUCAGGGGGACAGCCUGCCAUUCCAGUGUCAGGUCUCCCUUGUGGCAGAGGACAUGCAGGUGCUGUGGUACCACAGAGGCAACGUGGUCAAGCCUAAUGCCACCCAAGGGAUCUAUAUUGAAAAGCGCAUUGUGCAAAACUGCUCCCUGAUUGCGAGUGCACUGACCAUCUCAAACAUCCAGCCUGGUUUUACGGGGAACUGGGAGUGUCGAGUCAGGACAAGCAGGGGCAACACCACCAGGACUGUCCACAUUGUGGUGCUGCAAAGUUCUGCCAAGUACUGCGCUCCUGAGCGUGUCUCCAACAACAAGGGAGAGUUCCGGUGGCCACGCACCCUAGCAGGGAUCAGAGCCUACCUACCCUGCAACAGACUGCCCUCAAGCGGAAGCACCUACUCGGGUAGCACCAGUGAAGAGCAGCGGGCUUGGCGUUACUGUGAUCGGGAAGGGCAGUGGGCAGAAGAGGACUAUUCCCGGUGCCAGUUUCAGAAGGAUGUCACAAGAUUUCUCAAUGUCAUCAACCAGAUGCCUCUAAAUGAGAGCAAUGUGCUGACAAUAGCUGAACGCCUGUCUGUCUACACAAAGGAUGCGGCCAACUUCUCAGACAAGAUGGAUAUCAUCUUUGUGGCUGAGAUGAUUGAGAAGUUUGGCAAAUUUGUCGAGAAGUUUAAAAACCUGGGUCAGGUGAUGGUUAGCAUGGCCAGUAACCUGAUGCUGGCGGAUGAGAGAGUGCUGUCGAUGGCUCAGCGUGAAGCCAUGGCCUGCUCCCGCAUCAUCGCCUGCCUCCAGAAGAUUGCCGUUUACCGCCCAGCUACACCCCAGGCCUUCCCGCUGACCUCCCCUAACAUUGCACUGGAUGCCCACUCUAUCAGGGCCAGCGACUGGAAUGGCAUGACCUGCAUGUUAUUCCAGAGGCCGGGAGGCCAGGACCGCCAGCUCACCUUCAAAUGUAACACGACCAGCUCCUUUUCCAGCAUCCUUUACAAGAGCACUGUAGUGGAGGCUUCCCUGCAGCUUCCUCAGUCUCUCCUUACCGAGGCGGUACCCCCUGGGCAGCCAGAGGACACAGUCUACAAGCUCCACCUGCUGGGCUUCCACAAUGGCAAGUUUUUUCCAUCCACUGGCAACUCCUCCCAACUCGCUGAUGGAGGGCGGAGGAGAAGCGUAGCCACCCCUGUCAUUAUGGCCAAGAUAGAUGGCAUGUCUCCACGCAUCCUGAAGACCCCCAUUAACGUCACCCUGCAGCUGUUUGCCCACGGCUCAGAUGCUGUGUCCGCCUGCUGGAACUUGAGCCAGGCGGGAGGUCAGGGAGGAUGGCAGAGGGACGGCUGCCGCAUAUUGGACCAUCACGACAAUUUCACAACCAUAUCAUGCAACUCUCUGGGCAACUAUGGCGUUCUUAUGGACCUUAGCACUGUGAAAUAUGGAUCUCCUAGCAUCCAGCCACUGCACCCCGUUAUCUACGCCACAGCUAUCAUACUCCUCCUAUGCCUGGUCACCAUUAUUAUAAGCUAUAUCUACCAUCACAGGUCUGUGCGUGUGAGCCGGAAGUUUUGGCACAUGUUGAUCAACCUGUGCUUCCACAUCUCCCUCACCUGCGGGGUUUUUGUAGGUGGCAUCAAUCAGACGCGAUUCUCAAGCGUCUGUCAAGCAGUGGGCAUUUUGCUUCACUACUCCACUCUUGCUACCGCCCUGUGGGUGGGCGUGACUGCGAGGAACAUUUACAAGCAGGUGACACGCAAGGCCAAACGCUACGAGGAGCUGGACGAGCCGCCGCCGCCACCGCGGCCGAUGCUGAGGUUCUACUUAAUUGGCGGAGGGAUACCCAUCAUAGUCUGUGGGAUCACUGCAGCAGCAAACAUCAAAAACUAUGGCAGCCAGACCAAUGCACCAUAUUGCUGGAUGGCGUGGGAGCCAAGUAUCGGAGCAUUUUAUGGUCCGGUAAUUUUUAUCAUCUUUGUGAACUGCAUGUACUUCCUCAGCAUCCUGCUCCAGCUGCGCCGACACCCUGAGCGCCGUUAUGAGCUCAAGGAGCCGACCGAAGAGCAGCAGCAUCUGGCUCCAGCCAGCACUGAGGUCGGGCCAGAUGCUCCCAGCAGCCACUGCCACCCCCUCACUCUGCAGCUACAGCCUCAUGAGGCAUCUUCCUCCAUUGUGUUCCCUCCCCACUCUGUGCCACUGUCGGCUCUGGAGAACGAGCACACCUUCACUGCGCAGCUGAUGGGCGCAGCGGGGGCAUUGGGACUGUACGCGGCCCUUUGGGUGUUCGGCGCCAUGGCUGUAUCACAGGAACACCCCUUUGAUUUAGCUUUCACCUGUCUGUUUGGGGUGGCGGCGCUGGCACUCGGGGCAUUCAUGGUUGCACAUCACUGCAUCAACAGACAAGAUAUGAGACGCUAUUGGUCCCAGGCCUGUUGCUCUGGGAGACGAGCGUACUCUGCACAGGAGGACACCCUUCUGCCUCAGCCAGGUGUGGCGAUGAUAUCUACAACAGGAUCUGAUAACAAGGCAGACGGGGAGUCGACUAAGUGUGGCCACAGCAGUGCAGACUCUUCCUAUACAAAUAAGAGUGCCCCAAGCAUGCGCAACUCUGCCCAUGGCAGCAAGCUGACCAAUCUGCACGCAGAGGCAGCUCAGUGCAAGUCCGCAUCAGCACCAGCGGCAGCCAAUAGUGCUGGUGUUUUGGAGAACAGCCUGACUGAGCAUUCGCUAGACAAUGAAAUCAAAAUGCACGUGUCGCCAGUUGAGGUACAGUUCCACUCGAUGAACAACGUGAGCAAUCCAGCAGCCGCUGCCAACGGACACAUAAGCAGGCAUCACAAAAACAGAGCACGGGCACACAGGGCAAGUCGGCUAACUGUGUUGAGAGAGUACGCCUAUGACGUGCCCACCAGCGUGGAGGGCAGCGUGCAGAGCGCCCCUCACAGGAGACACCAUCACUAUGACUUGGCAGCUCGCAAUAGCCGACGAGCGGCCUACAUGGCCUACAGAGAGCGGCAUCAGAGCCAGCUGCAACAGGACAGUAGCGACAGCGCAAGCCUGCCGCGGCGCUCCCGCUACUCAGAUAAAGGAGGCGGGAGCACGCUGGGGAAGGGCUCAGUGGCAACCGUAGAAACCGAGCAGGUGGUUACUGCUGCAGCAUCGAGCUCAAGUAAAGACUCUGCUCCUGUAAAGCAGCCUGGCAGCUCAGGACUAGAAAGCCAGCUUAAGUCAUACGGGCUCAACCUCAUCACUCACAACGGUGGCACCAUUAAAGAGAAUGGACAGGCAGUGCCUAUAAUUAACACAGACAGUGCAGCCGGGAUAAAGACCGGCUUGUGGAAACAUGAAACUACUGUGUAGCAACAGUUUCCGUCCCAAAGACUGCGUAAUGAUGUGUUCACACCUUUUAAACUGUGAAAUGUCUGUUUUUAGUUGUUUGAUUGUACUUUUUUCCUUU